AUGAACGGGACCCGGCCGCGCCGGAGCUGCGAGAUGGUGCAGCCAAGCGGGGGCUCAGGCGGCGACUGCGGAGCCCUGGGCGAGGACUCGUCCCUGGGCAAGGUGGCGGCCUGGCAGCUGCCCUCCGACCUGGGCGGGCACGAGGCCCUGCAGCGCUUCGUGGCCGAGAACCAGGACCUGAAAGAGGCCAUUCGGCAGAGUAACCAGAUGCUGCGGCAGCGCUACCAGGAGUUCCUGCGCUUCAAGGCCGCACAGCGCAAGGAGAAGGACUUCCUGAUGCUCCGUUUCCGGGAGGCCCGGGAUGUGGUGGAGAAGCUGAACGCUGAGCGGACCGAGAUGAAGUGUCAACUGGAGCAGGCCCUCUGGGAGGUGGAGCAGCUCAAGGGAAGGCAGCAGCUGAGCGCCCUGGAGAAGGAGAUCCCUGAGCCAGAGGAGGCGGACACUAUGACCCUGACCCAGGAGUUGGCUGAGCCCAUGAUGGCCCCUGGCCCGGAGACCCUGCAGCUGCUGAAGGAGCAGCUGGAGCAGCUCCAGGAGGCCAACCGGGCCCUGCAGGCCCAGAUCCAGCAGCAGGUGCAGCCCCCAGGAGAGGCUGGUGUGAGGGUCAAGGAGAAUGGGGUCCAGCUGGAGAGGCCGGUGGAGCUGGAGGCCCUGCAGGGCGGCGGGGACAGCGGCAGGCGGGACGCAGCCGAGCUGCUGCAGAGGAGGCUGAAGGAGACGGAGGAGGAGAGCAUGGGGCUGAAGCAGCAGCUGGCAUUGGUGCGGGAGGAGAUGGCCAAGCUGGGAGCCAGGGCACAGGAGACUGAGCAGCUGGCCGAGCAGCAGCUUCAGGCCCUGAGGAAACAGCUGGAGCAGCUGACUGAGGACAGGGCCUCGGUGAAAGCCCAGGUGACCUCACUGCUGGGGGAGUUGCAGGAGAGCCAGAGCCGGCUGGAGACCUGUAUGCUGGAGAAGCGGGAUCUGGAGGAGAAAGCACAGGCUGCUGCCGAGCGGUGCUGCAAGCUGGAGCGGGAGGCCGAGGCGCUGCACAAGCAGCACAGCGUGCAGACGGACCAGCUGCGCAUGCAGGCCCAGAACCUGGAGACGGCGCUGCGGGUGGAGAGACAGGGCGCCACAGAGGAGAAGAGGAAGCUGGCCCAGCUGCAGGCAGCCUAUCACCAGCUCUUUCAGGAUUACGAUGGGCACGUGAAAUCCGGCCUAGAGAGCGAGAAGAAGAGCCAGGGCAUGGAGCUGCACCUGGAGGAGCUGCAGCAGCAGCUGCAGCAGGCUGAGGAGGCGCUGGUGGCCAAGCAGGAGCUGAUUGACAAGCUGAAGGAGGACAUGGAGCAGCACAAGGCUGUGCUGGAGACCAUCCCUGUGCUGAAGGCCCAGGCUGAUAUCUACAAGGCGGAUUUCCUAGCGGAGCGUGAGGCCCGGGAGAAGCUGCACGAGCAGCGCGAGGAUCUGAAGGAGCAGUUUGAGCAGCUACGGCGGGACUACGACAAGCUGAUAGCAGACGCUAAUGGAGCCACCUGGACUCUGAUGGAGGAGAUGAGGAACCGCCAUUCGGAGGGGCGCCCACCUGUACCCCAGCCAGUUUACAACAUGGCCCCAGUACCUUUCCAACCCCUGCCAGCUGCAGGGCGCAGGCGAAGUAUCCACCAGGAGCAGCCGGAUUUCUGCUGUCCCAAGUGCCAGUACCAAGCUCCGGACAUGGAUACACUGCAGAUCCAUGUGAUGGACUGUAUCAAGUGAUGCCCAUGAAGGAGGAGGAGGCUGGGGUCGAGGGGGGUGCCUGGCCUGCUCCACUCUUUGCUUCCCCCCCAUGGCACUUGCUGUUCUGCGACACAAUGCUGCAAACUGGGUUCACAGCUGUCUUGAGCCAGGUCGAAUGGACAGUCUGUGGGUACCAUGGGGGAGGAUGGGGUUUGCACCAUUGUUUCUGCCUUACGUGAAACUGAAUGUACCUGAUCUGCUGUAAUUCAGGGAUUUGACAAUCUGUGGAGACUGACAGAUUAGUGGUGGGGAGCAGGGGUGCUGAGAGCUACUGAACCAAACUUUAAACCCUGUAUAUAAGGGAAACCCCUUCAAGCUGGGGUGUGGCAGCACCUGGCGGAGGGGCAAAGAGGGGUGGCAGGAACGUUUCACUGUUCAGCUCCUUUUUAAGCACCUUAUUGCUAACCCUGCAGCAUUUGCAGAGGGUGGUGGAGAAGACAGAUUCCCCUGCUCAGUUUCAGGCUGUCGCAGCAUCUCUCUGCUUUCCUUCUACACUGUGCUUUGGUUAUUUAACAUUAUGGUCCAUGUGCUGCUCUGAAAGUCAGACUCUUGCCUUAAUGUAAAUUCUAUUGAAACUUAAUGCAGAGGGAGGGGAGUUGAGUGUUUACAGAUACUGCUGUUUUGAGCCCCCCUGCCUGGUGUUGCUAAAGCAUCCACAAGAUGGAGAAUCUGCCCCUUUUCUAAGUACUUGGUAUUUUCUUCUUGUUAAUGUGCUUAAACAUUGAGCUAGAUUCACACAAUCACCAGGUCUGCCUUCCUCUACCAUGGAAUAACAGAAAUAUCCAAAACACAAGUGCUGGCACUAAUGAGGGGAGGGGAGAAGACAAGAUAGCAAAUAAAAUUCAGUGUUGAUUAAUCCCAGAGCAGCUGUUUUACACACACACACACUGUGUGUAGCAAGGCCUAUGUUUUCCAAGGUGCAUUCGUUUGCAUUUAUGGGUCAUCUGGAAGCUAUGCCCCCUCACUCUAAGCACCAGAGCAGGGCAGGCAGUAGGGGUCUGGGUCACUUGUGUCAAUCCUUAGUCCAGUACUAUUCAAGCUCCACCUAUGCACAUCGUUGAGGCCUGAGUGGAAGUGCUGCCUCCAGUUCUGGCAGAUACUUUCCUCAGUUUAAUUGCUCUCUUUGAAAAGGUUAGGAACACUGGUCACUUUUGGAAGUACUUUUUUUUUUUUUUUUUUUAAAUUAACCUUAAAGUAAAAUUAGGAAGCUACCAACUGGUGGAGUCUUAUGUCUAACAUGUUGCUUAUAAACUAACAAAAGAUCCUGUAGAUUAGCAAAAAAAGUAUUGAAUACACUGAGUUUAGCCUCAUGGUGCAUGCUUGCAAGCUUAUGGAGUUAGGCUAAAAAAACAACAAGGAGUCUGGUGGCACCUUAAAGACUAACAGAUUUAUUUGGGCAUAAGCUUUCCUGGGUAAAAACCUCACUUCUUCAGAUGCAUAGAGGGAAAGUUACAGAUGCAGGCAUUAUAUACUGACACAUGGAGAGCAGGGAGUUACUUCGCAAGGGGAGAACCAGUGUUGACAGGGCCAAUUCAAUCAGGGUAGAUGUAGUCCACUCCCAAUAAUAGAUGGAGUUAGGCUAGUUAGCAUAGAGGGUACUUGGCUCGCAAAAAAGUACUAAACAUCUUCUCAUGCACAGCCUUUUUCAAGGCUCUUUGCCAGCUGCUUGCUUUGCAGCAUUUAUGUCUCAUGCCCUAAUGAAAUCACACCUGGACUCCGAGCUUGGCAAUUUGACUCUCCCUAGGGCAGCAAGUCCAGCCAGUGGCGGGGGUUUUCCCUGCCCCGCAGCAGGGGCCGGGUUGGGGUGGGUGUUACAUAAUGGGCAAUCAAGGCCAGUACAUUGCAGACCAAUCAGGAACCUCACUGUACUUCACUUGUGGCUCAUUGCUCCUGCCCCAUGCACCUCAGCCACAGUGGGCACUUCUAUUAGCAGCCCCCUGCAGCCAGGGACUGAGCCUUAUCUGGUGUCACUCUGUGUUGUUUCCCCCCUCAUUGGACCCUGACUGGAAGGACCUAGCCCCCCUGUGUACAGCUUAUGUAGACCUUCACAGGCACCCCCCAAAAUUUCUGAAGCAUAAAGAGGGCAAGUGAACCCCACCAUAGCACUCCCCACCCCUCCAGUAAGUGUUCCCCUCCUUUAAAGUGACAGAGCCACAUUCCCCCCAGCCCCCCACUUUGGGGCCAGUCUCUCUCUCUCUCCAGUUGCAGUUAUCGCUAGGGAGAUUUAAAAUAAAAAGUCUGGUUUGUAUGUUGUUUAAAAGCCAGGCCCAUUCAGCAAAGCACAUCACCGUGCAAGUGGCCUCUGGGGUUACAGUGCUAGGGACCCUGCUGUUCCAAUCUGAUUAUGGGCAUGGAAUGGCUUCCAUAUGAGGAGAGAAUAAGAAGACUGGGACUUUUCAGCUUGGAAAAGAGAUGACCAAGGGGGGUUAGGGUAGAGGUCUAUAAAAGCAUGACUGGUAUGGAGAAAGUAAAUAAGGAAGUGUUAUUUACUCCUCAUGACAUAAGAACUAGGGGUCACAACAUUAAAUUAACAGCAGGUUUAAAACAAACAAAAGGAAGUAUUUCUUCACACAAUGCCCAGUCAACCUGUGGAACUCUGUCAGAGGAAGUUGUGAAGGCCAAGACUUAUAACAGGGUUCAAAAAAGAACUAGAUA